AUGUAUGAAAUUAAUAUUCUGUAUUUCUUUUUACAGUCUCUGCCUAAAUACAGAACUACAUUAAAAUAUUAUGUUGAUUGUCGAUCUGCACAGAAAACCUAACCCUAACCUAGCUAUAACCUUAACCUCAAUAACAUAAUCUUUAUGCCAAACCUAACCUAGCCCUAAUGCCUAACCCGUAAUGACUAAACUGAAUAGUAACCCCAAUUUUAACACUCUGUCCAAUUCUAUAUUUAUCUCCAAACCUAACCCAGCCAGAAUUUUCAUUUUCUCCAGUGGUAACCUGCCAAAAAAUCUUCUGGAAACUGAUUUGUCAGAUUUGUCAUUGGGUCCCCAAAUUUAAACAUAGAUCUGGAUCUUUCACUCACUCACACGCACGCACACACAUACACACAGCUUAAUAAGGGAUACGGCAGUCAAGGCAAAUGAAGCAGGACAGUUUUAAUUGGCAUGUUGAUGGUGUUUUGAUGACAAUCUGGCUGAGUAAUCUUUCCUCCCAUAUUCAUAACUCCCUCUUUGUCGCUUCCCAUUGUUCUGGAUACCACCCCUCUUAAAAUGACGGAGUGGGCCAAUGGCACAGAGGUGGUGUUGGAGCGGUCCUGGACUGAGGUUGAGAGUGUAGGGAUUGGUUCCCCUGUAAAUACUGGGUCCCUUUCGUCAGUCUGACCCUCUCUGACCUUUGCUCGUCCCUGCUCCUCACCUCUGGCUCCCUACUGGCUAUACUGACUGAAGGUCAGAGGUCACCGUGGUGUGAGGUCGUCUGCUUGCUCAAAUUUGCCUUCAUCACUUCUUCUAUCGGCAGUAUAGCGAUUCUUUGCGUCCAACGGGCCACUGGCGUCGCCUCAACAGGAAGUAGCACCUCUGUUGUCAUGGCAAUGGCUUGUCUGUGUCCCUGGGUGACCGGGGUGGUGUGUGGAAGCAUCCCUGUGGUUUAUCACUGGGUCAGGUAUGACCCGGCCGAGAUGCUGUGCGGAGUGUUCUGGAUGAACAGCUACUCCGACAUGCUGGUCUACAUCCUCAGCGCUUUCUCCGUCUGCAUUUUCCUCCCCUUCCUCCUCAUUGUCUCCUGCUCUCUAGUCACCGCUGCAGGCUGUGGGAGGCACAGCGACUGUGAUCUGGAUGACCUCUCCUCUGUAACUCCACUGGUGGUGGUCUUCUACCUGUUCUGCUACACUCCCUUUGCUGUGUCUGAGCUGAUUCUCCUGGGUAGACUGGACCUAUCUCCGGCUCCUUAUUGGAUUAGAACCCUGUCGUCAGUGAUGUCAUACCUAGACUGUGUAUUGAACCCCAUCAUCUACGCCACCAAUCAGGACUUCCGUGUGGCAGGGCUCGCCUUGUUCUGGAGCAGUUGUAAGAAGCCUUUACAAUCAGAGCCUGUGUUGACAGUCAUGAACAGACUGGAACUGUAAACAUUGAACAUCGAAGUAACGAAUGUACAUUUAACACAUUUAGUAUAGAUUUGUUUUAAUUGAAAUAUUAUGGAAAUGACUGUAUUUGAAAUAUUAUGUCUUUCUUGCACUUGUUGACAUUUCUUA